AGACUUUGAUCUGCAAUGCCCUCCUCUGUGAAUGUUUUCCCCUGCAUCGGCUACAGGAAGCUCAUUCCCUGGUUGCUAGGGCAACCAAGGAGGAUGGCUCCCAGCAGGAGCUGGGGAAGCCUUGGGCUGCCUUUCAGCUCGUUGCUGUGGAGCAUGCCUGCUGACCUGCUGCUGGGUGGGAGGAGGAGCCAACUCUGCAGAGGAGCUUCUACCGGCUCAGUAUGGGUCCUGCCGCCCCGCUGCCCCACCGUGAGACAGAGCUCCAGCAUUAGAGCUAGUGCUCCUCUCUCCCUCUGCUGGCCACUGCGCAGCUCUGCCUUGCUCUGCUCCAGUAGUAGCAGGAGCACAGGCGGCAAGAUGUCAUCCUCUUCUUCCAGCUCCUCAUCCACCAGCGAUGGACAAGGGAAGCCUAAAUCUAAAUCCUCGUUUCACAAGAGGGGGGGCCUCAAGAGCACCACCAGCCCUGACCUGUGUGGUGCAUCUGGGCCCAAACCCCUCAAGCCCCAGCGAUCUCUUCCAGGGACACCUCUCUCUCACUACCCAGUCGACCUGCGAACAUCCAUGGAAGAGAAGUACAAAGAGAUUGCAGAGGAGCUGUUCACACGCAGCAUGGCAGAGAGCGAGAUGCGCAGUGCUCCAUAUGAGUUCCCGGAAGACAGUCCCAUCGAACAGCUGGAAGAGCGUCGGCACCGCCUGGAGAGGCAAAUCAGCCAGGACAUUAAGCUUGAGCCAGAGAUCUUGCUCCGCGCCAAACAGGACUUCAUGAAAAUCGACAGUGCUGCAGACCUAGAGUUAAUGAAGGAGGCGAGUGUGGACACUGUUGAUGAUGGCUUUAAGGAGAAGGAAAUGCCAAUGGAGAGAGAGUACCAGCGGGUCUCAAUAUCUGGAGAGGAAAAGUGCGGGGUGCCCUUCACUGACCUGGUAGAUGCUGCCAAGUGUGUGGUGAAGGCAUUAUUCAUCCGGGAGAAGUACAUAAACCGAUCCAUGCAGAGCUUUUGUAAGACCACAGCUCACGCCUUGCAGGACCUUGGGAUGACGCCUCUGGAACAGGGAAUCUAUGAUGAUAUACCAGAGACCCCUGUAGAUGCUGAUGCCCCCGUCCACCCACCUGUUUCAGAGACACACCCUUACGACAAUCAGGACCCCAUGAAUAUGCCGGCAGACACAGGAUAUGGUUGCAAGAUGGUGGAUGGAGUAGUCCAUGUCUACACCAAGAAAACCAACAUGGACAAAAGUUCAGAACUGGACCUGCCGUAUCCUGACCUGAAAGAGUAUAUUGCAGAUAUGAAUGUUAUGAUGGCCCUCAUUAUCAACGGGCCAGUCAAGUCUUUCUGCUACCGUCGCCUACAGUACCUAAGCUCUAAAUUCCAGAUGCACAUCCUCCUGAAUGAGAUGAAAGAGCUGGCAGCUCAGAAGAAAGUUCCUCACAGAGACUUCUACAACAUACGAAAGGUAGACACACACAUACAUGCAUCUUCUUGCAUGAACCAGAAGCACCUGCUGCGAUUCAUCAAGAGAGCCAUGAAGAAAUACCCGGAGGAGAUUGUCCACAUAGAGAACGGGCGGGGCCAGACCCUCAAGGAGGUGUUUGAGUCUAUGAACCUGACAGCCUUCGACCUGAGUGUGGACACUCUGGACAUGCACGCGGACCGUAACACCUUCCAUCGGUUCGACAAGUUCAAUGCCAAAUACAACCCGAUUGGAGAAUCCAUCCUCAGAGAGAUCUUCAUCAAGACUGACAACCACAUUGAAGGAAAAUACUUUGCACACAUAGUCAAGGAAGUGAUGUAUGACUUGGAGGAGAGCAAGUACCAGAACUCUGAGCUACGUCUGUCCAUCUAUGGCCGCUCCAGAGACGAAUGGGACAAGCUGGCCCAGUGGGCUGUCAAACAUCGAGUGUACUCUCAUAAUGUGCGCUGGCUUAUCCAGGUGCCUCGGCUUUUUGACGUGUACCACACAAAGAAGCAGCUGGCUAAUUUCCAGGAGAUGCUGGAGAACAUCUUCAUGCCUCUGUUUGAAGUCACGAUCAACCCGCGCAGUCAUCCUGAGCUGCAUCUCUUCCUGCAGCAUGUGGUAGGCUUUGACAGCGUAGAUGAUGAGUCCAAACCCGAGCACCACAUUUUCAAUCUUGACAGUCCGCUGCCAGUGAACUGGACAGAAGAGGACAACCCACCCUACUCCUACUACCUCUACUACACCUAUGCCAACAUGACUGUGCUCAACCACCUGCGAAGGAGGCGAGGCUUCCAUACGUUUGUGCUGCGACCUCACUGUGGGGAGGCGGGGCCGAUCCACCACCUGGUGUCAGGUUUCAUCUUAUCAGAGAACAUCUCCCACGGCCUGCUGCUCAGAAAGGCCCCGGUGCUGCAGUAUCUUUAUUACCUGGCUCAAAUUGGCAUUGCCAUGUCACCACUGAGUAACAACAGCCUGUUCCUCAGUUACCACCGCAACCCGCUGCCAGAGUACCUGUCAAGAGGCCUCAUGGUCUCUCUGUCCACUGAUGAUCCCCUUCAGUUCCACUUCACCAAGGAGCCUUUGAUGGAGGAGUACAGCAUUGCCACUCAAGUCUGGAAGCUGAGUUCCUGUGACAUGUGUGAGCUGGCAAGAAACAGUGUUCUCAUGAGCGGGUUUUCACACAAGGCCAAAAGCUACUGGUUGGGCCCCAACUAUUCCAAGGAGGGUCCUGUGAGUAAUGACAUCCGUCGUACCAACGUCCCUGACAUCCGUGUGGCAUACCGCAGUGAGACGCUCUCCGAGGAGCUUCAGCUCAUCAUUCAAGCUGUACGCACGGAAGAGCUGGACACCAUUGAUGAGGAGGACACUCUGUCCAUGGGCCCUCUCCCAGGACGCCACUGAAAUCACAAUCAAUUAGUCCUCGUCCAGUGAAUCCCCAAUCCUGUGGUCCACCCAGCAUGACACUGAAGAGCCGUGGUGUGGGAGCAAAUCUGCUGUCUGUUCAUCCUACUUACAGUAUUAACACCCCUAAUCAUCACUAUGUAGGUUAUGCCGCACACUGACAGCCACACCACUACCAAAAAGCCAAGGAUAUGGUGCUGCCAGUGUUCUUCUAUUUCUUGUGAGUCAUUUUAAUGUUGUAGGAGAGGAUUCUAACUCCAUUUAUGGUUUAAUUUUGAUUAGAGGUUUUCCCCAACUCUUUUCCUAUAAUGCGUUGGAAAAGAGUUUCUAUUGUUCUCUGUGACAUGUCCGCUGUCAGUCAGCACGAUGCAGGUUAGAGGGGAUGACCUGACAAGAAAACAACAGCAGGGAAACACUAGAAGUCAGUGCUAAAGCCAUUAAAUGAUCCUUGUGAUGUUGUUCAGUGAUAUGUUUCACCAGAUAUAUUACACAGCAUGUAGUAUCUCUGCAGUAUCUGUGUACUACAGACACUAACAACCAGCACAUUUCAACUUUCUUAACUGCAAACCUGCUCUGAACGUUGCUUCCACUAUAGUCAUGCUGCUUAACCAAUGCAUCUAUCAUCUUCAUUAUACAAACAUAUAAUGAAGGAAUAGAGAUGCAGUUUUAUUAGAAUAACACAGUGGUGUUGUUGGUGAAGGUUGAACGUACCUACACAACAAACGUUGACACGUUUCAUCUUUUAAGCCACUUCAGGGUGACUUAAAGCGUAUAUAUGAUAUGACCGAAUCAGUGAGUCCUAAAAAUAAGAGGGAAAUAGCUUCUUUCUGAAUGCUGCAGUACUGACGAUCAACCAUGAAUGGAGCUUGGUGUGGUUUCAGAUCAUUUAUUUGCCAAAUUGCACACACAGCAUUAUUCCUCCCUGAUUUAAAUGAGCUCAGAAAUGAACAGAGAAGAGAGAAACAGAGAGAAGCAGACUUUCUGUGGUUGACUGCAAACAUUCCAUGAUGCAAAUGAUACUUUUUAGCUGAAAAUGAAAUGAGUUCCAGUAAAUAUAGGAAUGUAUUGUGGUUUGAUGGUAUAUUUCUGAGGUAGAGGAGAUAAUAGGAGCGAAAAUGUGCAUUGUGGAUUUUAACCACAGCUUUUUUUUUGGGCACAUGGAUCUAUUCACCAUCAUCCAAGGAAAACACCCGUGUACCUUUACCUCACUGUGGCCAUGAAGAUGUGGACCCUCUGUACCUGCUUAGGGCCCUGACCACACUCGUUCUUUCCCUGGUGGACAAACUAGAAAGUCGUGGCGUUUUUUUCCCUUUGCAUGCAGUGCACUGUACAUAUGCACCAAGACUUCACAGUGCCUUUUCAUUCUUAGCUUUUGGGCACUGCAUGCCUGUCUCUAUUCAAGCCGUUUUCAUGUGUAAACUUUAUGUUUUUAUCACCUGCAACAAGUAUUGCAUCUUUUUUCCUCAGUGGUAAAGGCCUCUGUGCUGUUUUAUCCACACCAAUGGAACUGAGACCACCUGGCUGCAUGCUUGGUGUAAAAUAGCUUUUACCUUGGCCUUCGUUUGAGGAGGAACCUUGAUUUUUUUUUCUUAUUCUCUGCUUAUAAGUGCUUUUUUUGCAUGCAUGCAUGAAUAAUGAAUGGCAGGAGAGAAUGGGUUGUUUACAGCAAGCUGUGAUGUAAAGCAUCUAAACAAAUUUAGGGCUGCCAACCAGCUUUUGAGUCAGAAAUCUGUUUGAGAAUAUAUCUUCAGCAAACAUAUUCAAUCUCAGCAUUGUUCACCAUGUAGAAAUGAGCAAACCAUGCUGGGAAAUGGUUAAGAUUGUUGCAUGGUUCUUGUAGCAUUUUUUAAAAACGCACCCCAAAUCUGAUCAAAGCUGGGAUCUCAUGCCUCCAAUUUUUGUAUUUGUACACUCAUCAUGUUAUUACACCACUCUAAUUUCCCAUCAAACUGUGAGCAUUCUUCUUAAACCUAAAUAUCACAUAAUUUUUGAUUCCAACACUAGGACUUCCAGUUUGUUAGGGGCAGGAAACGAGAAUGCAUCAGAAAAUGUUGGCCUCUAUCUGUAACUGUAACGUAUAAGGACAUACACGUUUGCUAUAAACAGUAGAUGAUUAGAAUAAAAUUUCAGUUCAGCAAGAAUACAGUAGCUUCUAGGUCUUUAAAGGGAUACUGGAGUUGUGCGCUGAACAUGGUGGAAUCUGUGUGAUUGUUGGAUUUCAUGUACAAAGUGUAUUUUUUUAAAGGCGAGAUAUAGAGAUAAGAAAUUUUAUAUUCACAAUAUUUUGAUGUCAAGGGUUGACACUUAGUUUUGUUGCUGUUGAUUAUUGUGGAUUAGUAUUAUGUCAUGAAAAUAGAAGUUUUCUCAAUAUGAUUUUAUUGUUAGCCUAAGUAUAGACUUAGCCUAGCCUAAGUCUGCUCUGCCUGUUUAAUAUCACAGCAGCCAUUUUCCCUCACAUUGUGAACUAGGCACAUGGUUGAUACCUCUUAUUUAAAAGCCAAAAGUUGGCUCUACAGUAGCACGUCAGACACCAACCUCCCAACACACAUACAUACAUAACAAAGAGUCUACAGCCUUGUUAGGUUAUAUUGACGCACAAUGAUGCUGGGAGCUAAACGCUAACACAUUUUAGUUCAGCGUGAUAGCACGUUAGCAUUUGCUAAUUAGCAGUAAACACAAGCUACGGCUGAGGUUGAUGGGAAUGUCAUUAGUUUUCCAGGUAUUUGGUCACCAAAGUAUUGGACCAAUUUAAACUUUGACCUGCCAGUGGCGCUAGAGGAAAGUUAAGUGAUCACUUAGUAAUACAAAUCAUCUUGAGAGGGACAUUCAUGUCUGUACAAAGUUUUAUGGCAAUCCAUCCAAUAGUUGUCGAGACAUUUCACUUCAAAAAACAAACUCAUAGUGGCGCUAGAUUAAAAGGUGAAGGAUUAUCAAAGUCAGUGGGAUUCAUCUUUGAGGGACCAUGAAUGUCUGUUCAGAAUUUCAUUUUGAUCCGUCCGUUAGUUACUGAGAUAUUUCAGUGUAGACCAAAUUGAUGGACCGACAGGCCGACAUUGCCAUCCCUGGAACCAUGCUGCCAGCAUGGCUAAAAAAAAUGGACAUUUAUUGUAUAGAGUUGGCUUUUCCUGGUUUUAUUGGAUGCAAAGACUCAUUUCAACCCACCUUCCGUUAAAACAAGAAAUAUUGCACCUUUUACUUUACACCUUUUACAAAGCACAAAGUGUAGUCUUUAUACUGUAAUUACUGCAGCUUCAUUUCUCUGUUGGCCUUUCCCAGUUUUAAUGUUUAACAACUAUCUUGUUGACUACUUUCUAAGACUUAGUGAGGGCAUUAUGGGAUAAGUUCUUGAUGCAGAAGUUAGGAGGUUGAGCGAUGCCUCUGUUCAGUCUGGUGUGGUGUGUUAUCACUGUUUUCAUUGUCCACUUCAUGGUUUCAUAUUGUCUGUGCACUCAUGACAUAGCAGUGCACCCUACCUCACAAAUACUCUGUUACAGUCAUUUUGCUGUUGCAGCUCUGUGUUGUCCUCAGCAACAACUGACACAUACAAAGUUAUCCACAAGUUAAAGAAAAGCAAAGAAAAGUCGAGAUCAAAUUUCUUGUAUGACAACACAAAAAAAAACAUGUUACUCAAAUAUAUACGGUACUAUACUCACAAAUCACUGUCUGCACUGUCAGCUUGAUUUACGUCUUUCUGUGUACUAACUUCACAAAGCAUUAGUUACAAAUACCCUGAUAUUCACACUCAAGAUAUUUUUGUGUUCAACUGAUAUUUUAUCUUUGUUUUUACACAGUCUUGUUAGUUUUUGACAUUUAAUUCUGCCUAAUUUUGUGUCCAUUGAUCUGUAGCCAUAUUAAUGCCUGAAAUGGAUUGCCAGUGUUUUACAGAUUCAGAUGCCUCCGUUAAAGUUCAUGUGUAAUGUCUGAACAGUUAAAUAAAGCAUGUUUAUUCACUAAA